UAUCAUUAUACAAUCUAAGGCUGCUACCAUAGGUUAUGCCGGCGAACUCUUAGGCGUCUGAAUCAGGCCAACUGUGUUCAGUCGUUCUUGCAUAGCUUGCUUUCGAGCGCUGCGUAGACUCAGAGAAGCUUUGGUGCAGAAUAGGUUACUUACCGCUGGCGGUGCGAUUUCGCUGUGCCGUGUAAGACCGACUGCGUGUCGGAGGCCGCCGACAAUCAAGUGGCAAGCUUAGCGCAACGGUUAGAUCGUCCAAAGCCUCUACCUACACAACAAGUGUAUCUAGGAAAACAACUCAAUCUUCGUUCAACUUUGUUAGGUGCAAUUAACUGGUCAUCCGCAGCGAACGUAGCCCAUUACGCAAUAGGAUGGCCGGCACGAAGGCCGCCAAGGCCGGCGUGAAGGCGCCAAGUAAGCAUACGGCAGCAGAUGGCGCAACGUCGCCCUCGAGCAGUCCUCGGGUCGUGGCGGAGGAGCUAAUGGCGUUGCUUCGACGCGGCAACGCCUCAGCCAUAAAGCGAUGGCUCAAAUCGGGAGGCGACGUGCACCAGAUCGCCCAUGUGCCUCAACUGGACAAGCCCUGGGGCUACGCCUCCCCAGCAGCCGCCGCAGCCGCCGCUGCAGCCGCCUCCUCCUCCUCCGCGCCCCCUCCCGCCCCGCCUCCGGGCCACUGGCCCCUCAUCCUGCUCGCCUGCGCCGUCAGCAGCGCGGGGGUGGUGGAGGCGCUGCUCAAGGCGGGCGCGGACCCCAAUGUACGGAACCUGUACGGCCUCACGGCGCUGGUGGCUGCCGUACACAAUGACGGGCUGGCGGGCACGGAGAAGUUGGCGCUGGCCAAGCUGCUUCACCGCCACGGCUUCACCCUGUUCGGCUGCUCCUGCGAGGCGCACGGCGAGCGGGCCACCGCCGGCACCGCGCUGCUGCACCAGCUGGCGCUGGCGGACCCGGAGGACAGGGCGGCGGCGGCCCCCCUCCUGGACUGGCUGCUGCAGCACGAGGGUCUGCCCGCCCCCUCCGACCCGCCCCUCUUCCAGCACCUCUGCUUCUCCCUCGCGCUCGACCCCGCUGCGCUGCCGCUGUGGCUGCCCAUCCUGUCACGCCGCACUGCCUACGUGCUGGGCUCCCCCUCCUUUGCGGAGCUGGUGGUGGGGGUGGUGGCGGCGGCGCACCAGCUGAGGGAUGCCCGGGCGACGGCGCAGGCGCAGGCGCUAGCGGCGUCGGGGGCGGCGGCUGCUGCAGCAGCAGCGGCGCGGCCGGGUUUGGCUCCGUUGGACGGGGUUACAGCGCCAGGGGGCGGUGGGGUGGGGAGGCAGGGGGUUAGCGGUCUGGAGACGCAGCAGCAGCCGAAGUUCCACCCGUUGAAGCACGGUAGCAGCAGCAGCAUUAUCGGUGGGGGUGCAGGUAUGGGGAAUGGUCUCGGCAGUAGCAGCAACGGCGGUUCGGAGGCUAGCUACAUGUCGGGGGCGGCAGCAGCGGCGGCAUCUGGACCUUAUGACGUGUCUCAGUACCUGACGAAUGGAAGCGGCAGUAGCAGCAGCAACGGCAAUGCCAGCAGCGCACGGCCGGCGCAGCGCAGCAACGGCAGCAGCAGCAACGGAGGAAGCGUCACGACCGCUGCUGCGUCAUCUGGCAGCGGAGGAGGAGGAGCCGUACGAACCGCCACCGCUACCGUCGCGGCGCGGGAGGCCCUCCUAGCCGCGCGCGAGCGCGAGCGGGAGCGAGAACGCGCGGCGGAGCGCAGUCGCGGCGCCGUCAGGGCUCGUGCCGCCGCCGCCGCUGCCGCCGCCGCCGCGGAGGAAGCCGAGGCGGAGGCUGCCGCCGGCGGCGGUCGCGGCGACGAAGCACUAGCCCUCCGCGCCUUCCUGGACUUUGGCCUCAACCCCAAUGAGCCCAUGUGCGCGGACGGUCUCCUCCCCAUGCAACGCUUCCUAGAGAAGCCUGAGCUGCUGGGUGUGCUGCUGGAGGGCGGGAUGGACCCACGGGUCAGGGCGGGUGUGGCGCCGCUGGACCUCACCUUCCUGCACUCCUACGCGCUCAUUGGGCGCUUCCAAUCUGCCAGCGAGGCGUCCGUGCAGGCCUGCUCGCUGCUGCUGGGUCGCGACCCUGGGUUGCUGUGGCUGAGGUGUGCGGGUCUGACGGCGUGUGACCUGGCCUUGGCGCACUGCAACCUGGCACUGGCGGAGUACCUGGCACCGCUGAUGGGUCGCGAGCAGCAGCAGGCGGCGGCGCAGCUGAGGAGGCGCAUGAUGAGCUUCCCUUGCGGAGAGGCGGGGGCUGCUGUAGCAGAGGAGGUGGAGUUGGAGGAGGGGAAGAAGCAGCAGAAGAGCUGCGUUAUUAAGGUGGAGGAGCAGGAGGCAGCUGCAGCAGCCGAUGAGGAGGAUGAUGACGACUUGGGCUUUGACGUCUCGGCGUUCUGCAAGGGCGGGUGCAAGAGCUCUUGCGAGGGCGGGGGUCUAGGCGUGGAGGAGGAGGGGGAUGCGGUGACCGGGGCUGCUGUUGCUGCUGCUGCGGGGGUACGACGCGUGUGGGACCCCAGCUCCCCCGCUGCUGCUGCGGCUGCGGUGGCUGCUGCUGCUGCUUGCGGGUCGGUUACGAUCCCGGGUCAGGACGCGGAGGUGGCUGCAUCGUACCGGCUGUUGUGUUUGGCUCUGCAGCGACCGGAGCUGUGGGACAACGAUAUGAGCGGGCUGAUGCGGCAGGUGCCGCUGAUGGACAUCCGGCAGAUCCUGACGCUGCUGGACGUGCUCAACUCGCGCAACCUGUUCAACGUGGUCACCUUCCUGGAGCACUGCAGGACAUUUGCACAGAGGGUCAUCCUCCAAGUGCUGCAGCUGGGGUCGGAGGGUCACGACCUGAUGGCCGCAGUGGUGCCGCCCCCCGCGGUGGCGGCCGCCCUCACCUUCCUGCGCGCGCACCCGGACAACCUGUGGCUGCAGUCGGUUGCCAAGUACUUCCCGCCGCUGGUUGAUGCAAUGGUGGCGGCGGAGGACACGCGGGAGCUGAUGCGGGUGGCGCCGCAGCAGCUGCUGGCAAUGGCCCCCGAGGUGUCCCGCCUGCCCCCCGACUUGGUGCAGGCGGCCUGCGAGAGCGCCCGCGCCGCCAUGCUGCUGGAGAACGGCUUCCACUCGCCCCGCCCGCAGCUGGACGACCUGGAGGGGCCCCUCAGGCAGUACGCCUCCGCUGGCUACCACCGGCUGCUGCUGAAGCUGCUGCUGGCGCUGCCCGCGGCGAGCAAGCAGGUGUGGCACGACCUGCACGUGAUGGCCUACCUUCCCGAGGUGUGCGCCGAGGUGGCGCUGCAGCUGUGCACCCAGCCCCGCCUUACGCAGCUGCUGGCGGAGGCGCUGGCGGUGGUGAGGGCGUGCAUGGCGGGCAGGCCGGCGGCGGAGGCGGAGGCGGGAGGUGCGGACGCUGCCGUGGACGGGCAAGAGGGAAGCAAGAAGGAGGAGGAGGAGGAGCAGAAGCAGGAGGGCGCAGCUUCGUACAGUGACGCAGUAACGGCGGUGGUGGCGCACCUGGCAGCGCAUCUAGGAGGAAUGGCGGCGGCGGGACCGCCUCCACCUCCUCCUCCACAGCAGCAGCAACAGCAACAGGAGCACCAGCAGCAGCAGCCAGCAGCCGCUGACCCCGUCCUGCCGCCCGCUCCCUCCUCUACCUCCUCCUCCGCCGCGCUAACCGCCCUAACCGCCGCCGACUCCUGCGACUGUGCCGUACAGCCCUCCAGCCGCAGCGGCAGCAGCACCGGCGCCGGCAGCAGCAGCAGCAGCGGUACGGAGGCUGAGGACGGCGGCAGCAGCAGCAGCCCGGCUAGCAGCGGCGCUAGCAGCCGCCGCGGCAGCUGCGGUGACCUCACAACCACCGCCGCCGCCGCUGCUGACACCACCUCCACUGAUACGUCAUCAUCCGCACCCGCCGCUCCUGCCUCUGCUAGCACCCCAUGCAACCCUUGCAGCAGCACCCCUAGCCCCAGCACCUCCAGCAGCUCCCCCUACCCUCCCGAGCUGACCUACCUGGAGGACGUGGUGGUGGAGCAGACCGACCUGCUGCAGUCCCUCUACGCCCUCAUGGCCCUCUGCUCCCUCACCUCCCACCUCCUCGCACCCGACUUUGGCCUGGCCAUGUGCUCCCGGGAGUUCAGGUCCCGCAUGACCGGCAUACCCGACUCUGCAGUGGAUGAGCUGGCGGCGAAGCAUGGGCCGCAGGCUGGCGCCGCCGGAGGCGCCGCCGCCGCCGCCGCUGGCGCGGCGGCGGCGACGGCUUCGCCGUCUUCCUCCGCUGCCGCGGCUACCGCCGCCGCCAUCCUUGCAGCCUACCCCCGCAGCGGCGGAUUGUCACUGGACCAGCUGUAUGCUCAGCUGCUGGGUAACAUGACGCUGGGAGGGGAGCAGAAGGAGCUGGUGGAGAGCCGGCGGGAGUUCCUGAAGCAGGUGCUGGCAAUGGAUGCCACAUGGCGAGCCCUCUCCGCCUCCUCCGCCUCCGAAUCCUCCGCCUCCGAAUCGUCCGCAGCAGCAGCAACCCCCACAACCGAAGCCGAGCAGCCUUCUUCUCCUCCUCCUCAACAGCAUCAGCAGGAAGUCAACAGCUCCCCCACCGCCUCCUCCGCCCCUCCUCCCGCUCCCCUCCGCCGCCCCCUGCGCGACCCCGAGCUGGUCGCUGCAGCCCGGCGGGCGGUGCUGAACCACCCGGUCAUCUGGCCAGCCGUGCAGGCGGUGGCGGCGCUGCCGGCGGCUCCGGGACCGCGACCCGGGGUGCGGGUGCUGUGGGACGACGACAACACACCCAUCUAUGUGCUCAUGUCGCUGGCUGCCCGCAGAGCCGUGGAGACCGCCGCAGCCCUGCCCCCGCAGCAGCAGCUGUAGUGUUACAGCUGUGUAGCAACCGCAGCAGCAGCAGGAGCGGCAGGAGCAGCAGGAGCCGCAGCAACCGCAUGUGCCCAACAGCAGCGGAGGACUCCUUUCAUGGAGGACUCCCCAAUAGCAACAGCAGCAGCAACAUACACAGCAGCAGGCGCCGACGACAACAACCCUCGUCGCAUGCGCUGCGCUAAACAUGGUUUGGGUUCCGGAAAGGGUGUAGCGAGUUGCGUUGCUGUGAGCAGCUGGGUGGGCGUGGGUGCGCCUGUGGAUUAUGCCUGUGGGUUGUUGUUUGCGGGUGGGUGGUUAUGCGCACGAUCCUGGUUUCGUGACGGACCUAAUGUACUCUUCAUUGAUCGCCCUGCACGACACAGCGUGCAAGCAUAAGCCGAAAAGGAAAAACACCUUUUCCCUAGGUGCUGGUUGCUUUGCUUGUUGGCUGUUGGCUGUUGCCGCCCCCAGUUUUGUUGUGUGGCGAAGGAGGCUUGCUUCAGUCUUUGGUGCUAGGUGGGCUACCCCCACAUACAGGCGAGCGAGCGUGGCCCCGCAGGUAACAUACAUGGGAAACGUUUUUGUUGGCGGCUAGAAUGCGGCCAAGACGUCAGUUUCCCGUUUAGUGUCCGUUUAGCGGUUUUCCUACAGAGUGACUCUGCUGCUGCGUGCUCACAGUAUCGCCCGCCCGGCGGGGCGUGUGUAUAUUGUUGUAGCUCCUACAGCAGAAUCGAACACACGCAUAGGUGCGGAUGUGUAUGCGUGCGUGGGUGCGUGACAAACAACUUGACUAUUGACUAUCAAUCAGGGUCGGGAAGAAACGAAACACCGGUAAUGCCGCUCGAUCUGACACAGGAGGAUCGGGUGUGUUGGUUGUGUUAACCUAGCAGGUAGGGCAGGGGCUGACGUGACGAGGACAGACGCGUGGUAGCAGUAGGUGUGUGCGUGCGUGUAGGGGUGCGGCCCGCCUUUAGGGGAGGAGCGGGGUCGGUCAGGAUCAACGCAUUAGAUGCUGUGUUUUGGCCUGGCCCCCCAUUUUGGUUCAAGGGUCCUGACUCGAGCGAACUACGAUUGCUGGGAUGGAUCGAAUCCGCGGUUGCGGAUCGCCAUACAUUUACCCUUCACAACCUGAUUUUCACCUGAACGGGGUAGGGGCAUGCAGACCCAUCUGAUGGCGACAUUUCGACAAUAUCGGUGAGCUCGAACGGCGUUUUGCAUAGCUAGGAUGUCGCUUUUGCUUGGGAGCACUUUGGCAGUGCCGACAGCAGGCGUGGGAAGUAAGGUGGCCGCUAUAUUGCAGCUUUGGUACACGAAGUAAGCUAUAGCGGUCGGGCGUUUUGGGCGGAUUCGUAUGUGUUUGUGUGCUUGUGAUGCGCGUGUGGGAGGACUAAAAAGAGAACGGAAG